AUUACCCAUAAAACACAACUAACUCACGUGGACCAUGCUUCUAGUUGAAACUUUAAAGUGGAAUGUGUUUGUGUGCAUGUGGGUCUCAGUACAAUCGUUGAAUUGGUUUAGAUUUAUGUGAUAAGAAAUAAAUUUUAUAUAGAUUUGCGUUUGUAAAAACAGUUGAAAAAAUAACUGUGUUUAUGGAUCUAAACAUCAUCAGCAAUAAUGAUAAAAACAGACUCAAAAGCAUCAUAGAGACAGCGGCUCACCUUGGCUACUCAACAGUCGCAAUAAACUAUGUGGUUGAACCACAACAGAAGAAACAGGAAAUUCCUAAGCCACAGAGUGUGUCAGACAUAUUUGAUAAAUUCCCAAUAGUACAGGGCAAAUCUUCUUCCAUCAAAGUACUGAAUCGAUUGACCAUCAUAGCCUCUGAUGCUUCUCAUUUUAGACCAACCAAUGAAUACAAAAGCUUCGACCUUGUUGCAGUGUACCCCAAGACAGAAAAACUAUUUCAUGCAGCCUGCAUGACUUUUGAUGUGGACAUUAUCUGCAUUGCAGUUGCUGAAAAACAGCCCUUCCAUUUUAAAAAGGCUCCAGUUAAUGGGGCUAUUGACAGGGGGGGUUUCUUUGAGACCUGUUAUGCAGCAGCCAUUAGAGACACCACUAUGAGGAGAUACACCAUCGCCAAUGCCAUCAGCCUUAUGGAAGUCUGUAAAGGAAAAAAUAUCAUAGUGUCCAGUGGAGCAGAAAAGCCUCUUGAAUUGAGGGGUCCGUAUGACAUUGCCAAUUUAGGGCUUGUGUUCAGCCUGUCUGAAGGAGAUGCCAAAGCUGCUGUUUCUACUAAUUGUCGAGCUGUCUUGCUUCAUGGAGAGACGAGAGCCACUGCAUCUGGUGUUGUUUACACCAUGAAGAAACCAAAAACUCCCCAGAAACAAGAAGAAUCUCCAGUAUCUAAAAAGGCCAAAACUGAAUUUUCAUAAGUAUGAGAUGUUCAGCACAUUCAUGGUGUCCUGUCCUGACUGCUACAUGAAGGGGGGUGCUGCGAAGCUGAGGACGUCAAGUGUAACCGAUAGAGACAUGUGAUUGGUGUGACUGAUUUGAGGAGGUGCUGAGUGAGCAGACAGCAGUGGGACUGGAAUCUGUGGGUGCCUCCUAAUGAGCUGAGCCACUGAGAACCCAAUAUAUCUGAACCUUCUCCACAGACUGCCAACAAGUUAGUUAGGUAGAAGAGUAGAACAUAUGCUCAUUUUUCUUUAAUCUAUACUGAAAAUGUUCAUCAUUUCUAACUGUUCAGAUCCUGAGUUUUGAUUAUAGUUAAUAUUUAACAUUCAUUUGCAUGAAAUUGAUAAUUCAUCACUACAGCUAUUUUAUUAAGUACUAUACAUUGCUCAUCAUAGUUGUAAAUAGUAAUAAUCAGUGUAUUUUACAUGUAAUUGUAAAACUGUUUUAACUUAUUUGAAGGAAUUUGAUUCAUUCUCACAUUUGUAUCUCCAUUAUGUAUUUGUUUUAUGCAUUCAUAUAGAUUAAGCUGCUUCUUGUCUAAUUCUUGUGAAUUCAUAUCUGUUGUCUAUUAGAAGUGGGACAAAAUUGGCAAGUCAUUAAGUUCAAGCACUGACUGUAGUUUUUAUAAACUAUUUAUGUAUAUAUGCAACAUGUUGUUACAAAUGUAACAUCUGAGAAUAUGAUGAGCACAAUGAACAUAAAUGUAUAUGGUUAGAUGGGUGUAGAAGCCCCCUUAAGAACAAUGCAGAUUUAAUUUUAAAUUUAAAUAUUAAAAGAGGGACAGGUUUACACCCCCGUCUCAUUGUGUGGCCUUCUUGGGCAUCAUUAUACAUGUUUUCACCAUUUGUAAUAGCUAUGCAUGAGUUCCUCAGUGUCAAAAUAUGGAUUUUGGAAAGGGUUCAAAUAUGCAGAAGAUGCUGGAAAACCAAAUGUUUAGGAGAUUAAGGAAUUUCCUGAAGAACAGCAGGCAGUUGAACUGCUCAGGACAAACAAGGGACUCAUGAACAACUAUCACAAAAUAUAAAACCAGUCAUGGACCAUCCAGGAAAUGACACAUAGUAUUAAGAUUCAAGGGUAUGUAAACAUUUUAAUGGAGUCAUUUUUAUAAAUUCGGUUAUUAUUUUGUCUUGUGGAGUAUAUGUAAACAUCUGUUAUGUGAAAUAGCUUAUUCAGGACAGUACUAAA